UCUCUCUCUCUCUCUCUCUCUCUCUCUCUAUCUAUCUCUAUCUAUCUAUCGCCUUCCAAAUGAGGGGAGUGAGCCAGGAAAAAUUCUCCUCUCUCUCCUUCUUCUCCCCUCCAUCUAUAUCUGUGAACAAAACAGAAAACAAGGUUCCUUCAUCCCAGGAGAACAGCCCUUUCCCACAAGCUGGAAAAGAAAAAGAAAAAAAUGUCAUUAGAAGAGGCGUAACACGUCAGCCCGUCCCCAGGUUUGUGUUUCCUGGAGUGGCAGAAAGAGAUCAGUCCUAACCUGCCCAGCAGGAAUAACGGUCCUUCCGACAACUCUUUUGCAAGGCUUUUUACCAUUUCUCCAGGAGCUGCAUCUCCCCGCACCUUUUCUCCUCCACUUCGCGGCUUCUUCAUGCUUUUUCUCCUCCCCAUUUCUGGCCAAAACUACAACCAAGACUUCGCAGAGUCUGCGUGCUGCUGAAUCAGGGAGUCGAGUCCAUGCGAACUGCCAUCUGAUCCACUCUUAUCAAUGAAGCAGCAGAUCAUGGCGGAUGGCCCCAGGUGUAAGAGGCGAAAACAGCCCAAUCCAAGAAGGAAAAACGUACUGAACUAUGAGAAUGUAGUGGAAACAGGUUCAGAAACAGAUGAGGAGGACAAGCUUCAUAUUGCUGAAGACGACAGUAUUAUUAACACGCUGGACCAGGAAACUAGCCCAGCUAGUGUGCCCAACCAUGAGUCUUCCCCGCAUGUGAGCCAAGCAGUGUUGCCAAGAGAGGAAGAGGAAGAUGAGAUGAGGGAAAGUGGAGUAGAUCACACCUGGCACAACAGUGAGAUCCUGCAAGCCUCUGUAAAUGGUCCAGAAGAAAUGAAAGAGGAAUAUGACACUAUGGGGCCUGAAGCCACAAUUCAGACCACUGGAAACAAUGGUACAGCUUUAGUUAAGAAUGCAAAUUGCACGUCGGACUUUGAGGAAUAUUUUGCCAAAAGGAAACUGGAGGAAGGAGAUGGGCAUGCAGUCAGCAUAGCGGAGUACCUACAGCGCAGUGACACAGCCAUUAUUUACCCAGAAGCCCCCGAGGAACUGUCUCGCCUUGGCACUCCAGAGGCCAAUGGGCAAGAAGAAAAUGACCUGCCACCUGGAACUCCAGAUGCUUUUGCCCAACUGCUGACCUGCCCCUACUGCGACCGGGGGUACAAGCGUUUGACAUCAUUGAAGGAGCACAUCAAGUACCGCCAUGAGAAGAAUGAGGAGAACUUUUCUUGCCCUCUCUGUAGCUACACGUUUGCCUACCGCACCCAGCUCGAGCGGCAUAUGGUGACACACAAGCCAGGGACAGAUCAGCACCAAAUGCUGACCCAAGGAGCAGGCAAUCGCAAGUUCAAAUGUACUGAGUGUGGAAAGGCCUUCAAAUAUAAACACCAUCUGAAGGAACACCUGCGAAUUCACAGUGGUGAAAAACCAUACGAGUGUCCAAACUGCAAGAAACGUUUCUCCCAUUCUGGCUCCUACAGUUCACACAUCAGCAGCAAGAAAUGUAUUGGCUUAAUCUCUGUAAAUGGUAGAAUGAGAAACAAUAUCAAGACGGGUUCUUCUCCUAAUUCUGUAUCUUCCUCUCCUACUAAUUCAGCCAUUACACAGCUAAGAAACAAGCUGGAGAAUGGCAAACCACUUAGUAUGUCUGAACAAACAGGCUUACUAAAAAUUAAAACAGAACCACUAGAUUUUAAUGAAUAUAAGGUUCUUAUGGCCUCGCAUGGGUUUAGUGGUGCUAGUCCUUUUAUGAAUGGUGGACUCGGAGCAACUAGUCCCUUAGGAGUUCAUGCUUCUGCUCAAAGUCCAAUGCAGCACUUAGGUGUAGGGAUGGAAGCACUUGGGUUUCCUGCAGUAGGCAGUAAUUUAAGUGAAGUGCAGAAGGUCCUACAGAUUGUGGACAACACGGUUUCAAGGCAGAAAAUGGACUGCAAAGCUGAAGAGAUCUCAAAGCUGAAAGGUUAUCACAUGAAGGACUCAUGCCCUCAAGCAGAGGAACAAGGAGUUACCUCCCCUGGUAUUCCACCUGUGGGUCUUCCAGUAGUGAGUCAUAAUGGUGCCACUAAAAGUAUUAUCGACUAUACAUUAGAAAAAGUCAAUGAAGCCAAAGCUUGUCUCCAGAGCUUGACCACAGACUCAAGGAGGCAGCUCAAUAAUAUUAAAAAAGAGAAGCUGCGAACUCUAAUUGAUCUGGUUACUGAAGAUAAGAUGAUAGAGAACCAUAAUGUAUCCACUCCAUUUUCAUGCCAGUUCUGUAAAGAAAGCUUUCCUGGUCCCAUUCCCCUGCAUCAGCAUGAGCGUUACCUGUGUAAGAUGAAUGAAGAAAUCAAGGCAGUCCUUCAACCUCAUGAAAACAUGGUUCCCAACAAACCUGGAGUGUUUGUUGAUAAGCAAGCUCUCUUGCUGUCAUCAGUACUUUCUGAGAAAGGAAUGACUAGCCCCAUCAACCCAUACAAGGACCACAUGUCUGUACUUAAGGCAUAUUAUG